AUGGAUUGCGAAAAGACUAGUCAGCCUAACGGAAAUGCAUCUAAAGAACAUAUAAUUACAAUAUCUAAGAGUGGUACAGUCGAAACACGUACAUCUGCUGACAAUAUUUUAAUGACUGCAGAUACAUCUCCAAGCAUUACAAUUACAUUUUAUAAUCUAUCGAAAAUAAUAAAUGUCCCAAGAGAAAAAACUGAUAACACAUCCAAAGAAAAAUUAGUUCAACGAGCAUUACUAGACCGCAUUUCUGGUCAAAUUCCUGCAAAACAAGUAGUUGCAUUGAUGGGUUCAUCAGGUAGUGGCAAAACAACAUUACUUAAUGUAUUAGCUGGUCGUACAUUGAGUGGCGUGACAGGUGAUGUUUGGAUGAACAAUCAACGAUAUGAAAAAAGUAUGAAAAGCAAACUUGCUUACGUUCUACAACAAGAUAUUUUCUUUGAAAUUCUAACUGUUAAACAACAGUUAACAUAUACAGCAUUACUUCGAUUACCAAAUAAUUUAACACGACAAGAUAAACUUACUCAAGUUAAUCAAGUUAUUGAACAACUACAUCUUCAGAGUUGUGCUGAUACAACAAUUAUGCUUAUCUGUGGUGGAGAAAAGAAACGAGUCAAUAUUGCAACAGAAUUAUUAACUAAUCCAAGUGUUAUCUUCCUCGAUGAACCAACAUCAGGCUUAGACAGCACAUCUGCAGUCGUUAUCAUAAAUAUUCUACAGGAACUGGCUUCCAAAGGCAAGACAAUAUUGACAUCGAUUCAUCAACCAUCAUCCCAAAUUUUUCAAUCAUUUGAUCAACUAAUUUUAUUAGCUGAUGGCAAAACUAUUUUCAAAGGUAAACCAUCAAAUGCUCUUGCUUAUUUCGGAACAUUAGACUAUUUUUCACCUCCACAAUAUAAUCCAGCUGAUUUCAUAAUGGAUCUUGCCAACAAAAGUUUCGAAGUUCGUGAAGAACUGAAGAAGGCUUAUAUUCGAAAUAGACUUUCUAUAAAUGGAAAUCAAACACAUGAUAAUUUUCAAAAACAACAGGAGUAUUCAAAUGAAUGUCAAAAAUAUCUUAUCGGCGAACCGAGUGGCAAAGAAGAAGAUUUACCGCAAGGCAAUACCACAGAAAUCAUCGGACAACGAGA